AAGUCCUUUCAAAUAGUCCUGCAGUAACUUAGUUGAUAGAUCAGAUGAGCACUAUAACACCAGACUCUUCUUAGGGAGUACAAGCAGCUCUAGGGGCAAAGAAAAUAUACCACCUAAAAGGGUAGUACAACCAAGCAAAUUUUUGUGCUCGCCUUAUGACCAAGACAGGGGGCCCAUCAUGGAAUACGAACUUCAUCUAUAUCACAACAUCUUACUCCUAAGCGAGAAUAAUUACUACAAAGGGGACUACUGGGCAAUUGAGAUUGAUAAAUGCAGGGUAUCAUUGGAACAACUAGGCAAUUCAUUCAAACCAUCAGGGUGGGUGGAGUCAUAUGUCAUCAAUGCAUAUUGUCGAAAAUUAUUCAGAGAUAACCACCCCAGAACAUCCCAGAGGCACUACUUUUUCCACACGGCGGCAGAGUACUUUUUGGAGAAGUGGAGGACUGAAGUGGGGAGACUAUCUUUCAAAGAUAAAGUUCUAAGGAGCUUCCACGGAGCAGGGAAAGCAAGACGACUAGAGCUGAGCAAUGAAUUGUUCUUUCCUACUCUUCAUGAGGAUCAUUGGUUCGUCUUCCUCGUCGACUUGAAAGCACGACAGUUCAUAUUCCUUGACUCAAAGUACGCAGAAAACAGCGAGUACCACACGAACAUCAAGAACAUGAUGAUAACAAACUUUAUCAAAGCGUGGCGUGAUGCUAACCUGAGAAACAUGCGGUUCAAUCAAUAUCAAACAGCAUAUCCAGUAUUACCGAAACAAGUAGGGAGCGAUGAUUGUGGAAUUUUCACAAUAAACAAGAUGCAAAAUUAUCGAGCCAGGAACCCGCUGCAGACAGUAUUCCAAUCAAAAGAUGUUCCAGAUGCGCGCGUGAGACUUGCUGUUGAUCUACUAUUCAGCACUCACAACGAAAUAGAUGAAGCAAAGACACUUGUCAAGGACUUGUGAUACAGAACUGUCAAUCAACUAGAAUAUUUCUGUCAUACAUGGAAGAACAAUACUAGAAGGUUCUUCAGCAAGAUGAUGAAAAACAAUCCCAAAAGUUAACGAGACGACAAAAUUUCCAGUGUACAUGGAGGAACGAUACAAUUUUUUUCUAUUUUCUUUUUUUUCCUUUUCUUACCUGAAAGCGAAUCCAAAAUGUAAAGCAGUGCGUGUAUUUUGGCCUCAAGGAUUUUUUUUACCGUCAUAUGCAUAGUUUUAGAAACUGGUCAUUAACCAGAAAACAAUCCCAUGUGUAUAAUGUUGCUUUCAGAU